UCCUCAUGGAGCCCAGGAUCCCAAAUCUCCCUGGCGCUGCGUGCGCUCAGUGCAUGCCGCGGGGCGGAACCGGAAUCGGGCCGGACCGCCACUACAGCGGGACUGGGAGCCGGGGAGCGACGGAACGGGACGGCCCAGUACGGCAACAGCCCACAGCCCCUCGCCGCGAUGAUCCACACGCAUCGCCGCGGUGAGAUGCCGUUCCAGGCGGUGUCGCUCAGCUCCAUCCCCGCGGGCACGCUCAUCCCGCUGAAGGACCUGCUCCGUGGCGGUCCCUCUCCGGGCCCCGUGCUGCAGUCCACGCGGGAGCCGCUGGAGAUCAGUGAGAGCCGCCCCGGGCCCGGUCCGCCGUCGCCGAAGCGCCGCAAGCGAGAGCAGCCCGGCCAGCAGAGCCCGGACGCGGCCUUCCUCAGGAUGAAGAACGAGGCGGGUGGCAGCUACCGCAUCAUGACGACCGGUGGGCCCGGGCCGCAUGUUGCGUACGGGGGGUGGCGCGGGGCCCAGGAGCCGCCCGAGAGAGAAUUACCCUGCAUUCAUUACCCCCAGAACCAGGCUGUGAAAAUGCAGAGCGUAGACCCUAUUGUACAGAAAUCUACCAUACUGCAAUCUCCUCACAAGUUCUUCUUGUAUAUAAAGGAGAAAUUGAAGCAGAAGCAGCAGCAGCAGAAAGAUCCAUCGUUUUCAAGCCCAAACAAGCAGAACAUUCCUCCUCACCCAGCUGCAGAAAAGCUAGUGGUCAAAUCUGCUUUUGGUGAGCUGCUCCCAAAUGCUCAGGCAGAGCAUGUGGCUGCUGAUAAGGACAAUGAGGAUAAUUUCCUUGUGGAAUCAAUGGAUGCUGGUGAUGAAAUGUUUCUAAAUACAGUAACCAGUACUGUGGGUAUCUGUUCUACCACUUCCGACCCUGGGGAUCAGUUAGAAGGAAGAUAUGGAAAUAGAGAAGCAAAACGUCCUGAAAUUCAACAGGAGAAAGGACGGUUGCAGUCAAACAAUCAGCGAGCUGAGCACAGAGCAGAAAAGAUACUGAAGACUGCAACUCAAAAACUGCACUUCUCUAAUGUUGUGCUCUCUAAUCCUGAAGCCUGCGUGCCAAGGGAGUGGAAGCAGAAAGAAAACUGUAAUAGCCCUUUGGGUAAACCUCGGGCAGAUCAGAUCGCUGUCACUUCUGACAAAGAGAAAAGAAUCUGCCUUUCCAGCUGGUGCAUUAAAGUGAUGAAUGCUUACACUGCACUCUGUGUUGAAGGAAAACGAAAAGAUAUGAAGGAUAUGUUGUGGCAUAGUAACGCAGUUGUAGAACGUGUAGCAUACAACAAAGUUAAAACAUCAUCUGGCAGUAUCUGCUUGCUACAGGGACUAAUAGAUUAUGCUUUGAUGAGAAAAGAAGGAUUUCCCCAUCAGUUCAUAAAAAGAUUUACGUUUGGGUUUCCUGAAAGGUGGGAGAAAUAUGCUGAGGAGUUAUUCAAGGAAUUAAGAAGGAAAGAUCACGAAAACAGGAUUAGAGAGGAUGAAAAUGACGAGAGUGACUCAGUGGUGGACACAGAUGAGAUGCAAAGUGCAGAAGACUCAGCAAGAAAUACAAAGAGACAUGAAACAAGGAACACUACAUAUGAAGUGUUACCAAGGAAAGAUGAACACACUUAUCAAACACCAAAACACAACCCUGUACCAAACGGCUCCCAGGGGAUCUACACCCGUAGUGGCCAUCUGGUCAAACCACCACUCAGAUUCUGUUGUGGGGAGUGUGAGUUUGUGGAUCAGGAGCAGAAAGGUGGGAUGGAUUAUCUGAGCUUGAUGUGUAGUACUGAAAACCCCAAAAGAAAGACCAUUUCACUCUCUAAGAUGAAGGAAAGAAAGGAUUCAACAAAGACAGUGGAAGAAAAAACAAAAAGCCAAGAUAAAGGGAAAAGCAAACUAAAAAGAAUAAGUACUAAAAACAAAGCCACGUCCACUGGAAGCAGAGAGGCCAGGCGCUUUAUUUCAGAUUCUGAAAGCGAUCAUGCAAGUGAUAAUAAAAUAAAAACGAGGCUUUCCAGUACGGAGACUUGCUUAAAUACUGAGCGUAUAAACAUGGGAACAAGGAGAGAAAAGAAAAGGAAAAGAAUAAGGACAAGGAAAAGACAAGGAAAAGACAAGGAAAAGAGAAAAGGAAAAAAAGUGCCUAGAGGUCAGAACACAUACUCCAUAAGGUCAGCCAGAAAAACUUUUCAAGAUAAGCCUUUAACAGAGGAAUCUUCAAGCAAAGAUGGGGAUGAGGAACCCGGUGAUUAUAUCCAACUGAGUGUCAAAGGGAAGAAUAGACCUUUUUUGCCAAAAGAGGUUCAAGACUCUGCAUCUUCGUCUACCUGUGAAAGGCUGCAGGGCAGCACAAGUGAGGAGUCGAGCAAACUCCAGGCAGACACACACUGUGCUGCCACCUCCUGUACUGCACAGCUGAGGCAAAGGAUCCCUGCCUUCAUCGAGAGUUUUGAUUCCUCUUCAGGAGAAACCUCUUCUGAUGAGGAAUAUCAUGUAAAAGAAAAGAGACCAGAAGUAUCCAGUAAAAAAGCAAACGGUGAUGUUUGUAAUACUGCCAAGCCUUCAGCAGCAAAACCAAGUGAAUCCGUGGGGGACAAGGAGCACAAAACACUCGCUUUUUUUUCAAAGGCAGCUGAUGACUGGUCUCAGAAGGAACUGCAGAAGCUGCACAGGGCAGUUGCUUCGUUUCCAAAGCACAAGGAUGGUUUCUGGGUGGAGGUGGCCAUGGCUGUCGGGUCUCGUUCUGCUGAGGACUGCCAUCAGAAGUACACAGAAGAACAGACAAAGGCCUCCAAAAGACCUGCUGUAAAGAAAGCCACAUCAGAAAAGCCAAAAAAGAAAGGUAAGGCAAAGCCAGUCGCAAUCACUGCCAAAGUGGGAACCUUCAAAAGGAAGCAGCAGAUGAGGGAUUUCCUGGACAAUUUGCCCAAGGAUGACCAGGAUGAUGUUUUCACUGCUACGCUCUUUCAGAAUAGAAGAGUGAGGUUGCCCACGUUCCUGGGAAGCCAUGAUGAUGAUGAGGAUGACUUUUCACUUGCAAACAACCCAAUCACACCUUCCUCAGCUGUCUUCCCUCUGCAGAAAACCCCUCAGUGUGAGCACAUCAGCCCUGAGAUGCUGGGACCCAUCAAGAGGAAGGACUGCGACAGACACGUGUUCAGGAUGCAGAAGACUCAGGGCUACAGGAGCAGCCGGGACAAAGUGAAGAAGCAGCAGGCUGCUGCCCUGCACGGCACACCAGCUUCGAGCAGAACCACAUUCACCUUUGAUAAAAAAGCGCAGCAGAGCCCUGCUGUGGGGCAGCUCUUUGUGGAUGAGGCAGCAGAGACAUCAGAGGAAGAACAGUCAUUCUCUCACAAGAAAAUGAGAAGUUGCUGAAUUCAACUAGCCAGUUCACCCUGACUGAAGUUUGAUCCUAAAAGAAAAGGCUGUUGAGACUACGCUUAAAGUUUGUCUGUGCUGUGCUUGCUUCUUGUGUAAAAGGAAAGCGAGAUGACAAAGCAGGUAGUGUUACCACAAAAAAUUUGGGUCAUGUUUUUAAAAAAGGGGAAUGUCUAUGGACUUUCUUGGUGGCUUGAAAGCCGGGGACUCAUUUAAUCACAGAAGCAGAAAACGUAAUGCGCUAGUAGCUCUCAGGUUCUUUUAGACUUCUUUAUUUUGCAUUUACAUUGGAAUUGUUUGAAAACAUGAAUCAGAAAAUUACACUGCAAAAACCAUUCCUUCAGUGACAAGCACCUGUAAGGAAAUGAGACGUGCUCUGCCUGUAGCUCCAAACAGUUAAUAAGUGGGGCAUGGAGAGAGGAGAAGGCAGCAGACAGGCAGCUGCUGAUUCAGACAGAGCAUAGAAUUCCAGCAUGAUGAAGAAAGUACAGGAGUGGUGGCAGAGAAGAAAGCUAAUUGUGCAGCGUGUAUGGGGAUGGGGCAACAUCAGGUUAUAGCAUUGUAGGGAAGCCAGGAGCAGCUGCUGCCAGCAAAAGAAAACCUAGCUUUCUCCUUGGCUGAAAACUUAAAUAUCAACACCCUUUAAUUAUGCAUAAAAAGAUAUACAAAGCUAGCAGCUUUAAAGUACUUUUAUUAAUUGCACCAAAUGUUAGUGAAGGACUGAAUUAUUCAUAGUUAUUGUUCUCAGGGGUUUCUUGAUUAAGGAAAAUAAGAAUUUGAUGUGAGUAUCUCGUUUCAUAUAGCUUUCUCAGUUUCCCUAAUCCAAGAAAUAGGGAUAUAUUUUACAUGUCAGAUCUGCAGAAAAUGCAUGUAUCUGCUAGUUCCUUAGCAACCUUCUGGGAUAUGCCUGCAUCUACUCCCAUAAACGCUGCAUGUUGGAAACUAUCUCCAGUGGCUUUCCAGGGAUCAGUAGAUAUUGCCACGGUUGCAACACCGCUCAAGUUCAGCUGUAGUAAAUCAUUUAUUUACAUACAGGAUCAUUGGUGUGUUUUGGGUUGUUCUUGUUUUUGUGUUUGUUUGUUUGUUUGUUUGUUAACAGUGUCACUUGAGAUAUAACACGUAAACAUAAUUUACUGAGAUCCCUCUCUGGAUGAAGAGGUAUGCUUAUAUUUUUGUUUCUAAUAACUGGAAACGAAUGAGGCUCAUUGAAAAGUGCAGUUAUGCUCAUCAUAGCCUCGGUCCUCUUUCCUCUCGGCUUUUCAGAUAGAGGUAGGAGUUAUAAUUAGCACAAAUUUCUGGAAGGCAAGAUUUGAAGAGAACACUAUUUCUUUAUAGUUUGUACUUUUUCCUUUUCAAAAAGAGACAGUCACUCCUUUCUGUACGUAUGCCUUAUAUCAUGGUGAUAAUAUUAUUUAUAGUCCAUCUGAACCUUAUCAUACCACCUUGUUCUUUGCUAAAUUGCAUACAGUAACAGACAUGAGGCAAAAGACAGCUCAUGUGAGUAAUUUUACUCAUGCAAGUAGAGGAUACCACCUGCAGCAUGGAUUAAGAACACUUUGCUUGAGGCAGUGUUUUUUACAAUUAGAACUAGGCUCGGUGUUUUCCAUGCAAUCAGGAAUAUAUGGGUCUGAUCCAGUGGCUCACAUAGAGUAUAUGCAAAUCUUCAUUGCUUAGCUGAAGGGCUUCUAUUCAGCUGUUUCCUGUGCUUUUGCCUUAUCAGUGGCGUGUGGACACUGAAUGUGUUUUGGUAUCAUUACUCGGUGUAUCCAAUGAACAUUCAGGAAUAUUGGCUCCAUGACUGUGGACCUCUUUACUCCUACUGGAGUUGAUGGAGUUUGUUUGUGGCAAGUGAAAAUCUGUUUUACUUGUGUUACUAAGCAGCUGGGGGGGAAAUUAUCUUUUAAAGCCAUAGAAGGCUUUAUUCUUGCCUUUGUUGAGUCAAAUAGGUACAUAUUUUCUCAGUGUUAUGUUAUGAGUUAAUGGUAGGCCAUAGUACUUUAAGAUACUUUUAAGUGUGUUAAGAUUUAGAAAGACUUGCACUGCAGUUAGGACCUCUCACCCAGGUGGGAGCCUUUCCAAUUCAGUGGUGUGCCAACUGGCUGCAUGUUGACUUCUUUGGCACAUCUGCACCAUGCAGUGAUGCAGAGCUGGUGAAACUGAUCCUGCUCUGAGCUCUGUGUCCACACUAUGUGUUGCAGUGUUACACUGAGGUAUUGGCUUGGCAUCCAGCAGCAUUGUAUUGCAUAAGUAUUAUCCCAUGUUCAAUCUGUCUACAUUUCUCCAUUGUCUCUGACAUCUCUGCCAGAUAUACUCUGUGAUGGAUUUCAUCUUCAUUAUUCACAUAUGCUUCUGAUCAUUUCAGCAUAUAUUCAGUGCCUCAAAAAAACCCUUAAAAAGUCCCAGUCAGUAAUAAGAUAAGAACUUUCAAAAUGUACUUUGGUACUUAUGUCACAUGCAGAAAAUUAGAAUGAUUGGAAGUUUUUAAGUAUAAGAAAACAUUUUCUUGCUCAUACUGAGCACAGCUGACUCCUGGUCUGUGACUGACUCUUCUCAGGUCCUACUAUAGAACAAAUAACAGCAACAAUAAAAACAAAAGUCUAUUACUAUGUGUAGAUUUACUGAUGUUCUGAAAUAUAAUGGGAUCAAUAUAUAACUCUUUUCCCAAAGGCAAAUUGAGGGCAGCUGUUAUUCUACUGUCAAUGUCAAAGUACAAAAUGAAGGAAAUUGUGACUGAGAUGAUCCCUAGCAAAACCUGAGCUCCAUAACAGCACUUGGAAAAACAUCCAAGUUAGCCAGAAAUGUGGUUGGCAAUAUUAAUGGUGUAUGUAGACUGUUUGAAUUAGAGUUUCUCCUGACUGUGUUUUCACAUUUUUUGCCUUGUUGCAUUCCAUCCAGAAAAGAAUCUCAUUAUAGACUUACUGUUUCUAGCCAGUCACUGGAAGUCAUUGCCUCCAAGAGUCAUGCGGUUUCAGGAUAGAUAUGCUCAGAAGUGGGUUUCCACUAAGUGGAGACAUCCUGUGUGUUUGCACAGAAGUCAACCACAGCCUUGUGCUGCUGUGUCUUGGGAAUUGAUAUAGGAUUGAUCGACCAGCUUUGCCCUGAGUAGGGAUAAUCAUUUGCUUCUUAAACUUCCAUCCAGAUCUUUGGCAAGCAGAAAGCCUGCAACAGUGCCAAACCUGUAACUAUUUUACUAACAGUGAUGACAUGUAUGCCUGUUCUGCACGAUCCUAUUUUCUUGCUUCUGUUGCUGGCUCUGAACAACUCAGUACGUCAGAUAAUAGAGACCUCAUCCCUGCAUCUGUCUCUCAGCAGGAUGAGCUUUAACCUAGACUUUGAGCAGGUUUUAAAGAGGAAAGGAAAAAAUACAUCAAAGCCACAAAAAGGAAAAAUACACGUAGAAGUACUGACUUUGUAGAUACUGCAGAAAAAGGAACAGCAUAUGAUGUCUCACAGAUAAUGAAGGCCACAUCGCUGCAGUGCCUAGGGACCAUGUCAAGGUGGAGGCCAUCUUUGCUGUGAAAAGCUGCCACGAAAUCUCAAAACACUCUUAAUAAAUACAUGUGUGUGGCAUGUCACAGCAAUCAUCUGUCUGUAAGGGUCUGACAUCUGCAAUCAUGUUCUCAACUCCAUCUGACUCAGUUUGGUUCUCUUCUAUCCCAGUCUUCACCAAUGGAUCUUUUCAUAAAUAGCUGAAUUGACUGAAAAUAACAGAGUAGUCAUUUUUGCUCUCACAUGGGGAGAGGAUAGUGUAUGCAGUAUGUUAAUUUAUUUUAAGAAGCUUUCAUAUCUUCCCCUUAUAUUUUGCACCCUACUUUUAAAAACAUGCCUGGAAUUCAUUCACUAUCUCCAGACAGAGGGCAGUGAAACAAGGACCAUUUUUCUAUGCUCAGUUGCAAAAUUAGUGCUGUUAAUAGGAUUCCAUAGUAAACUCAGUUCAUCUCACUGCUUUAUUCUCAUUUCUUUAUAGAUGUAAUUCACUGAUGAUGCAUUUGUGUAUACAGCUAUUCAGAAAGACACACUUAUGCAUAAGGAAUUAAGUUAGCUAAGCUAUUCAUCAAGUUGGUGACCUGUAGAUGCCAUGUGUAACUUAUUUGAAAUUCAUUGUGCUUAUCUUGAUAAUUUCUUACCUGCUUUAUUUGCUAAAAUACACGUUUUUAAAUGACCAAGCAGGGAAUAUAUGCCCAUCUUUCUAAAACUUUUGUCCCUUCUGUGCAACAGCAGCUGCCUGCCAUCUUAUUGUUUUUUUUGUAGCUGGCAGGCUUUUUGGGUGGUAGCCAACGAUUUCGUGUGGGGAGUGGGACAAUUUGCAUCUGAAUGGUGGAGGGCAAGGCUGGGCGUGGGUGUGCUCAGCAAUACCAGGUGAAACACUUCCAGCUCACCUGGAGUCAUUAAUUCGAUAAGAAGUUAAUUACAAUGAAAGGGGAAAACAAACUUCCAUGUAACAGAUGGCAAAUUUUUAGUGUAAUGGAAAUCAAAUGGAAAAAUUUUAUUUAUUUUAUUUUUUUUCCAAAAUAUCACAAUAGUGUGCCCUAAUUUGUAGAAAAAUUCUGUCAUCUUGGUAUAUACUUAAGCAAUUGCGUAUGUUGUUUCACUGCACUGACUCUGUAAUGCUUUUAGGUACCUAUUUUCUAUAGUUUCAGACAUCUGCAAGUUUUUGAUCCUAAAACUUUUCAUCAACAUGUAGUUUUCCUGGCUGAUUGUUUGUGGCUUGGUUCCUUAAGCAUUUCCCAGUUAUCUGUGUCCAUUAAUCACUCUUUUUGUGAAGAGAGACUUUUGAACCUGAGAGUUCAGACAUCAGCCAAAUUGCAGAGCAGCAGAUGCUUUACAAAAACAGACAAUCCUGUCAGCUCCGCUGUAUGGAAAAAAAAAUCAUGGCAAAUGUAGUCCUUUCCCAGUGCACAUUGUUGGCCUGGAAGCUGAGAAGCAAAGGCUGGCUGGCCAGGUGGCAUGCAAGUAUGUAGCUGGCCAGUUUACAUAGGAAAUAGGCCACAUGCAUCCUUCCACAUAGACAGUAAGGCAGGGUGAAGAUAGGAAAAAGAGAGAAAACUAUCUUGAGAGUGGGCAUGAAACUAUUUCCUUAACACAGUAGGUUUGUAAAAGGUAAGGAGCAGAGCUCAGCUAUCAUUGAUCAGGUGUGUAGUGGAGGUAUACUUAAGUAAGAGAGAUUCAUUAAUUGCAGUGCUUAUAAACUGUAAAGAGAAUUGUGAGGUACAGUACCUAAUUCAGAGUUACUAAAAGAAUGUUUAAAAGAUUGAACUGAAUUUCCUUGUUAUGACGAUGAAUGUUCAACAUUGCUUAGCUUGGGGGGAUCCUGAGUUUUAAGGAAUGGUCAAUGUUCAUUAACGUUGUUCACAGUGAAGCUUGUGUAGUCACUUCUGUUGCUUCUAUAGGUCUGGACAGUGUUUGGUAUCGACUGUUAUAAUUGAUUGGUGUUUUAAAAUAAAUAAAAUAAAA